AUGUCUACACUCACCAUGCCUAUUCCUCACCACCACACCGGUUUUCACCGCGAGUUCUCCUGGCAAGAAGCCCGUUCUACUGAUUUCUCUCGGCCGCGCCAUGAGCCCGAGAAGAUUGCUCUGCCUUCUAUUCGUCAGGCCUUUCCCGAACUGAGCGAAAGAAUAGAGCAGGGUGGUUCUGCAAGGACUCCCUCUGUCACUUCGCCAACUUCUGGACUGACUGGAGCACUAACUCCCCCAGAGUACAUUCACACAGCUGUGCAGAGUAAGAGGAGGAGGCUUUCUUUCGAUGAUGAGAGGGACGGAGAAAGACCGAGCCAAGUACCUCGCCUAUACGCCAGCCCGUCACAAGUUGCUUCUCGGCACCAGUCUCCGCCAUUAGUGUCCCGACCUGCUCCUGACAUGUGGCCAUCAUCACGGAGGUCGAGCCCAUACAUGAAGACUGCGGCACUGUCCUCUGUGCCAUCACCGAGACCCAUGGAGAUGCGUGAGCGGAUGGAACCCCGGUUGAGCUUACCGAGCCUGCCCCCAAUGGACUUUGAGCGGAACGCAGCCGUGAACAGGAUGAGGAGUAUGUCCCGUGACGAAUACGUUCAAGAGCCAGUAAGACAAGGAAUGCCGCCACACCCUCACAUGGCCGUUCCACCCAUGGAGGUGCCAGCUCCAGUAUACCGAGCACCCAGCUACGAUUACGCCUACCACCACCCAACCCGGGUGCAAUCUCUGUCUCUGGGCUCGAUACACCCAAUGGACCGUACACCCUUUGCACCGGGAGCUUAUGGACACCCCUUCCAGGAGACUUAUAUGCGAAUUGGGGAGCUUGGCAUGGGGCUUGGAGGAGAUAACAAGCAGCGCAAGCGCCGGGGCAACCUACCAAAGGAGACGACAGACAAGCUUCGUGCUUGGUUCGUGGCUCACCUACACCACCCGUAUCCGACCGAGGACGAGAAGCAGGACCUCAUGAGGCAGACUGGCCUACAGAUGAACCAAAUUUCCAACUGGUUCAUCAACGCCCGCCGCCGCCAACUCCCAACCAUGGUGAACAAUGCCCGUGCCGAGUCCGAGGCCAUGGCCAGUCGUGGCUCGGACGGCAAGAUUUUGCCUUCUACGGAGCGAUCCGAGUAUGACCAAGACGGCAAGCGGGCCAGCGUGCCCCUGAGCGACGGAGAGGGCAGCACGUACGACGAUGUCGACAUGGAUCACCUCUCACGCCGCAGAUCGGUCAACAUGAAGCGUGGGAGCGUUUAG